AAUCAAAAGUUCCUCGUGGAAAAAGAACCUUCCAGUUCAUUCAGUAGCUGAGCAAGUUCAAGAAAACGAGGCAGAAAUGUCCACCCCGACCCCGGUGUCCAAACCCGGCAAUGCGGAGAACCCGAGGGUUUUCUUCGAUGUAGAAAUCGGCGGUGAAAAAGUGGGCCGUAUCGUCUUCGAGCUCUUCACUGACGUCGUCCCUAAAACGGCAGAGAAUUUCCGCGCUCUGUGCACCGGUGAGAAGGGAAUCGGCAAAAGCACUGGGAAACCUCUGCACUUCAAGGGAUGUCCUUUUCACCGCAUCAUCAAGAAGUUCAUGGUGCAGGGAGGAGAUUUCUCGAAUCAGAACGGCACGGGAGGAGAGAGCAUCUACGGGGACAAAUUCGAGGAUGAAAACUUCCACUAUCAGCAUGACAGAGAGGGCCUGCUGAGCAUGGCCAAUGCCGGGCCCAACACUAACGGCUCGCAGUUCUUCAUCACCACCGUGCCCACCCCUCACCUGGACGGCAAGCACGUGGUGUUUGGGCAGGUGCUGAAGGGCAUGGGCGUGGUCAAGAUGCUGGAGGCCAUCGACACCAAGGAUGAUCAUCCGGUCAAGCCAUGUGUAAUUGCUGAUUGUGGAGAGCAUAAAGCAGGUGAUGACUGGGGCAUGGCUCCUAACGACGGCUCUGGAGACGUGCACCCAGAAUUCCCUGAGGACUCAGACCUCGACUUUAAUGAUGCUGAUAAAGUCUUGUCUGUGGCGGAGGACAUCAAAGAUAUCGGGAAUAACUUUUUUAAAACCCAGAACUGGCAGGCUGCUUUGAAGAAGUACUCCAAAGCUCUUAGGUAUUUAGAGUCCUGUGGCAACACUCUGGAUGAUGACAGCACGCAGAAGAAGCUGGAGCCCACGGCUCUGAGCUGCAUCCUCAACACAGCAGCCUGUAAACUCAAACUGCAGCAGUGGCAGGAGGCCGUCGAGAGCUGCGAUGAGGCUCUGGAGCUGAAUCAGACACACGCUAAGGCUUUGUUCAGGAGAGCACAGGCCUGGCAAGGCCUCAAGGAGUUCAACAAGGCCAUGAUCGAUCUGAAGAAAGCACAGGAGAUUGCACCAGACGACAAAGCUAUUGCAAACGAGUUGCUGAGGGUCAAGCAGAAAGUGAAGGAGGAGAAGGAGAGAGAAAAGAAGAUUUACUCCAAAAUGUUUGCGUAAGGGAUACAGCAGUGACGUGACUGUGUGGAUCUACAUGAGCUCACGUCUCUUUGCUCAACAGUAGAGUAGUUGUACAAGUAAAUACAGAAAAAUUAGAGUCAUGGAUCUAAACCCUGAUAAAGAUAUGCAGUUUACAGAAGGAAGUAUUAAGAGAAUUGGAUCCAUUAUAGAUAGCAUACAAUACUUGAAUGUGUGACUGUUGUAAACAUGAACGUGUAGGUCUGAUGUUUGGUUGCAUAUAGAUUACUGUUUAAAAUGUUUAUUUAAUCAGACAGCAGGCUGACCUUUAAGACUGACUCAGCUCUUUGACUAUAUUUAUUUGUCUUAAGCUUGCUGUUUAAUCAUUGGAUUGAUUUAAGACUUAAAGGAAAUGUUUCUCUGUAAGAUCUUAGUUCACUGUGAAAAAGUAAACUCAUUCUCACAAUAAAUGUGAUGAUGUUUUAAGAAGGGAGAAUAAAACAGAUGCUUAAGGUUUGGUAAAAUUAA